CUCGACCUUCUUUGUUGCACCACGGUUCUGCACAAUAUGGGGAGGCUAUCGCUCGAGGACUUUGAUAAGCACAUCGACGCUCUUCGCACGCAACUGCAGUUCCUAAACGAGACCCUCAAGGCGACUGAUCACAAUGCGCCGGACUGGCUUGCCACCGAUCUCAUAUCGCUACGGAACAAAUCCGGUAGACUGCAGGACGAUAUGAAAAGAUUCAGAGAUCAACUCGAUAGUGAAGGGUUGGCCGAGAAAAAGGCCAAACCAUCCAACAAACGGCUCAGUAUAGAAGCCCCCAAACCUUCGAUCUCGACCCCCAAAUCGCAUACUCCAACCUCGCAAAACCAAGCCAUAUCUCCGCCCAUUGAGCAAUCACCCACACCGCGUGGCAAGCCAGUCCAAGCCGAAGAGACUUACGUGGUCCAGCACAUCGAUGUUACGGAAGAAGUCAAUCGACGAUUACGAGAAAGUCGCUUGCGGCGAUUGAUGGAAACCCCAAGUACUGCACAGAAGCGAAAGUACAACGCAUACGAGGAGCCAAAAUCAGAAAGUGCCGCAGAGACCGAAGAUGAUGGAUCAAGAGGCGGAUACAGUGGUAGUGAGUACGAAAAGACUCCAACCAAGCGCCUGAAGAGUAGUGGUACCUUUGAGCAGGCUGGAAAAAGGAAGGAGGAUGGAAAGGGAAGGCCAGACGAAGAGGAGCGCUUGAGCGACCAGGCAGGUUGCAAGAGGCGGAAGCUUUGACAAACUCAGCAGCGUGCAAACCUCGAGGGAGGUGUAGCAUAGGGGUGCACUGAUGUAAAUUAUGUCAACUAUUUGCGAAACGCUGCAUGGCAUGCCAUGAUUUCGGCUGCAGUGCUAUACAGUAGAAGAAUCUGGCUGAAAUAGCUGGUAUCUUUAAUUUUAAGAGGACCAGUCCAACUAUCUACAAGGC